AUCCAAAAGCAGUCUCAGUCAGUCUUCAUUUUGAAGCACAUGGAGAUUAUGACAAACGACGAUAGCAACUUUUCUAUUAUUAUGUUUAUAUUAGUAAUCCUGAAGAGCAUGGAUUAGCGUGGUAGAACUCAACAAUUUCUCGCGCGCACAGAAUUUCUUGUGUCGCAUGGCCUGAGUGUAAGUGUAGAUCAUGAAGUAUGAGUCUCCUCACAAAGCUACGACGCAAAAUCUAUUUUAGCACUUUCUCUCCGAUCUUUUACAACAUAAGUACACGUCUAUUUGUAUUAGAAACUUACUACUCCUUUGUUCCGAGCUUGGACGCUGGAAGUUCCCCUGAAUCUUCUUCAGCUGUUCCGUCCGCCAUGUUGGAUUUAGGCGCAAGCUGUCAUCAGCGGGUUUCCCCAACUUACCGUGAGAGACUGGUUGUUAUCAAUAAUGGCGGAUGGACUGGAAGGCACAGCUCGUGAAGAAACAACGACUUUAAGCAAGAAAAUAUCAAAACGAAGCCUCAAAAGACUACAAACUGAAGCUGCUUCAAAGUUGAAAUGCAAAUUAUGUCCCAACAAGAAAUUUAGCUCUCUGAAAAUGUAUGAUGACCAUAUGAUAUCGAAAAAGCACAGAAAAAAUGAAUUACGGAAAGAUACUGUGGGGGUUUGGGUUUGCCAGGCCUGUGAUCUAGUGCUGAGCUCACAGUCAGAGUGGGGAAAGCAUCUCUGUGGUCGUAGGCAUCAUGAAAAACUCAAGGAGUGGAGUGUAACACUGUUUCCAACUACUUAUCCAAUCACGGAACGAGAGAUAGAUCUCCUGGAUGACUCUCAUUAUGAAGAAAUAGAAGAUGAAUAGUGGAUUGGUGAAUUAAUAACUAGCAGAGUUCAAAACUCAGAUGCAAGAAGAUCGAGUGAACUCGUCAGUCUCAAGAUUGAAAUUUUAAUUCCCCUUACUUAUUAUGAGAAAUUUGGUUUCAAUAUGUAAGGAGAAGUAUGGUAUUGAUCGUUCUUGGAGAUGCUGGUGAUGGAUUGUACGUUUGGGUUGCGACGAAGUUGCGUUGAAAACAAAACGGAAGGAACGAGGACGACCGCGAAGCUAGAUUCCAAAUGGAGAAAAAAAGAACAGUUCUUUCCUGGAAGUGGUGGCACUGAGCACUGAGCGAGGGAUAGACUGUAUUUUGAAGCUGCUCUUGUUAGAACUCAAAUUGCUACCAUAAACUGAAAGAUGAAACAGAAACUGAAAUAGACAUGUAAAUAAAAAAAUAAAUUUAGUUCGAAAGUAGUUUGCGAUUAGUAUGAUCUAUGGCGUCACGCUGUCAAACUUCCUCCCAUAGGUCCGGUUAUGUGGAAGUAUGCUUAAAUUGACAAAUAUAGUUAAAUCAUUGCACUGAUCUCUGUUUCCGAUGUUUUCUGUACCCGAGAGGCGAACUCGAUAUCUUCGGAGUGAUUAUCAACUUCGACCCAGGCAGUGAUAUAAAUAUCCAAAGUCACGAAAUAAUCUCUUAGAUUUGUAUGGCGAGGUCCAGCGCAGAAAAAUCGCCUCAAAACAGCACGACUAGAUUUUUUCUCUUCCUGGAAUCCCCAUUUCGAAAAAGCCAUUUCUGAUUUGACCGUGACACACGUGAACCGCUGUCGCUGAUGGACGUCAUCAGGUGUAAGAUAGUUGUAUACGGAUUGAUAUCAAUACCUUGUGCAAGUUACAAAAACAUUUAGCACUUUUAAACACGAUACAUCCCUUACCAGAUUACAAGACUCAAAAUCGAAAAUGUGGUGUUUGUUAUUUUGUUUUCUUGGCGCACCUGUAAACUAGCUGGUGCGUCCGAUUGACUCUGCUUACCAAGUCUAUGGGACGCAGCGUUACCAUAGUUAAGUGUGCAACCAAGGAAAACACACUAUGUCUUUGUGUUUGAGUGGAAAGUAAUCCCACUGCCUAUCAUGACCUAUGUACGACCGCAAAGGUAGCAAAAACUGAAGGAGGAGUAACAAAUUACAUGUAAAAUAUUCGGCCUUGUUUUGUUGUUCUUGUACCUUUAUUUAGCGGGGCUUUAGGCGCCCUAAUACGAUUCACGCACCAUGUUGGCAGGUUAUUUCUAGCCCGAUAUCCGAGAUUAUUUCCUGUGGCUUGUUACAUGGCUUGACAGGGGAUAUAAGUUUAUUUAUGCCGAUAUUGGAUACUACAUGUAGUCUUAUAUUAUUUCAGUUGCGAGAGCCCUUGAGAUGGCUUUUAUCGGAUUUGCCUUUUUUGCCAUGUAUUGUUACAGCUGGUUCAUACUGGAGAGGACUUGACAAAGCUACCGAGUUAUUAAUUUCCUCAGCUUUAAUAAUGGCUCUCAUUUCAAAUCUUUGACUUUCUAACAAGGUUCGGGCUUUUCAAAGAUGUCGACACACAUGCUUGUCAGCACUUUCGCUCCUUUUGAACUCGCGCGGCCAUUUUUUCCUCGAGGUUUUCUUUCGCGUCACGCACGACGGACUAAGCGAAAGAGGGACUACUCCCGAGUCUACAGAGGCUUAGAGGCCUGUAAAAUGUUUUCUUUUGGGGUCUUCAUGACAUUGAAACUUCUCAAGUUUCUGUAAUCCAUCUUCUUUGUGAUAGUCCUUUCCUAAUCCCCAGCCUGGAGGCAUAAAACGUCAUUUCUCUUUUAACCUUUACUUAUACACAAGACCUCGUUUCUUGUAAGAUCUUUUUUACAAGAAUGUUAAAGCUGAAAUUAACCCAAAUUUUGAGAACAUACCAUCAUGAACACAUUUUAGAUUGAGUGCCCGUUUGUUUUGACAAAUUUUGAACUGAAUGAC